GCGUGUGAAUGCAGCACUCCUCCCAUCUCACUGCUCAGCUCUCCUCCUCCUCCUGUCACCGGGGAGACCCCUCCAGUCCAUCCCAUCCCACCUCCUCCUCCUCCUCCCUCUCCUCCUCCUCCAGCUCUGAGAGCUCCCCGCUGCUGCUUUCUGCUUUCACCGUUCGGGAGAACAAUCCCCACCCCAAUCCCAGCCGGGCGGCAGCGGCUCUGACAGUCAACCUGAGCAUCCGAGUCAGGCCGAAAGGCUGGAAAUCCUUGCAGGCUGGGGCCAGCUCCAGGUCCCCGGCCCUGCAGUCUGCAGCCCCUCCACAGCUGAAGGAAGACACUCCAGACCCUUCCCCUUGAGACUUGGGGGAUCCAGCUGCAUAAAGAGCUCCAAUUAAUUCGAAUCGACCCGAGGAGGCUGCCCAGAGGUGCUGGGGAGGUGUGUUGUAGGAUUAUUUUUUUUUUUUAUAUUCCGCUUUCCACUCUCUGGCAAAGUGGGGAGAACAUCAUCAUGACGUUAAGAAGUUGUGUUUUGCUCUGGCUGCUCCUACUCUUCGAAAUAGAUUUCAAGCGUGCACCUGUGUGUGCCGUGGCGACGACAGCCGGAACUCCCGAAGGCCUUAACCCCCAUCCCUCCCUGCACCCUGAGCUAUUGGACUUGCUAGAAAAGAGUGAAUAUGAAAUCGUGUCAGCCUAUGAAGUAGAUGAAAAUGGAGAUUACAGGUCCCACGAAGUUAUGCAUCAUCAAAGGAGGAAGAGAUCAGCUACCCAUUUGGGGAUUGAUUCGCUCCACCUUCGGCUUCAUGGAUUUGGACAUGACUUCCACAUGGAUCUUAAGACUUCCAAUAGCCUUAUGGCGCCUGGAUUUACAGUACAGACACUGGGGAAGAAUGGUACUAAAUCUGUACACGCUUACCCUCCAGAAGACUUCUGUUUUUAUCAAGGCUUCUUACGAUCACACCGAAACUCCUCAGUAGCACUUUCGACCUGCCAAGGUUUGUCAGGCCUGAUCAGAACCCAGGAAGCAGAUUAUUUCUUGAAACCGCUACCUCUGCACAUAGCACUUAAACAUAAUUAUUCUGCACCCGAUGGACGCCACUCCCACAUACUAUACAAGAGGUCCUUAGAAGCCCAGGCGCCCAGCGAUAAUGAGAUAACGUUGGUUAAGCGGAAGAGAGAAUUGGAAAAUCGCAACGGACUUUAUCGGGAAAAUCAGCGCCUCCACAGUGGAUUUAAUCUCAGGCAUCUACAAAAGCAGCAUUUCUGUGGAAGACGCAAGAAAUAUAUGCCCAAGCCUCCCAGAGAAGAUAUUUUCAUUUUACCAGAUGAAUAUAAAUAUCCAUUAAGGAAGAAGCGCUCUCUCCUGAAGGCCCACAAAAAUAAUGAAUUGAACGUGGAGACACUAGUAGUAGUAGACAAAAAGAUGAUGCAAAACCAUGGUCAUGAAAAUAUCACUACUUACGUCUUGACUAUACUCAAUAUGGUCUCUGCUUUGUUCAAAGAUGGAACAAUAGGAGGUAACAUCAAUAUUGCGAUUGUGGGGCUGAUUCUUCUGGAAGAAGAACAGCCAGGACUUGUCAUCAGUCACCACGCUGACCACACACUGAGUAGCUUCUGCCAGUGGCAGUCUGGCCUGAUGGGAAAGGAUGGCACUCGCCAUGAUCAUGCGGUCUUGCUGACAGGUCUGGACAUUUGUUCCUGGAAGAAUGAACCAUGUGACACACUGGGAUUUGCUCCUAUUAGUGGAAUGUGUAGUAAAUACCGCAGUUGCACUGUGAAUGAAGAUACUGGUCUCGGAUUGGCUUUCACUAUUGCUCAUGAGUCUGGACAUAAUUUUGGCAUGGUUCAUGAUGGAGAGGGAAACAUGUGCAAAAAAUCUGAAGGAAAUAUUAUGUCCCCGACAUUGGCAGGACACAAUGGGGUCUUCUCCUGGUCAUCUUGCAGUCGUCAGUACCUGCAUAAAUUUUUAAGCACCGCUCAAGCCAUAUGCCUUGCUGAUCAGCCUAAGCCUGUGAAUGAAUACAAGUAUCCCGAAAAGCUGCCAGGAGAGCUGUACGAUGCCAACACACAGUGCAAGUGGCAAUUUGGGGAGAAGGCCAAGCUGUGCAUGUUGGACUUUAAAAAGGAUAUUUGUAAAGCUCUCUGGUGCCAUCGGAUUGGAAGAAAAUGUGAGACUAAAUUUAUGCCAGCUGCAGAAGGCACUAUUUGUGGGCAUGACAUGUGGUGCCGAGGUGGCCAAUGUGUGAAAUAUGGUGACGAAGGCCCCAAGCCCACUCAUGGCCACUGGUCGGAUUGGUCUCAUUGGUCUCCAUGUUCUAGAACAUGUGGAGGAGGAGUGUCUCACAGAGACCGACACUGCACUAAUCCAAGACCGUCACACGGGGGAAAAUUUUGUGAGGGCUCCACGCGAAUGCUAAAACUUUGUAACAGCCAAAAUUGUCCUAAAAACAGCAUUGACUUUAGAGCCAUUCAGUGUGCAGAAUACAACAGUAAGCAAUUCAGAGGAUGGUACUACAAAUGGAAACCGUACACACAAGUAGAAGAUCAGGAUUUGUGCAAGCUCUACUGUAUUGCAGAAGGAUUUGAUUUCUUCUUUUCUCUGUCAAACAAAGUCAAAGAUGGGACACCGUGCUCAGAGGACAGCCGUAAUGUGUGUAUAGAUGGGAUAUGUGAGACAGUUGGAUGUGACCAUGUCUUGGGUUCCAGUGCUGUAGAAGAUGUCUGUGGGGUUUGCAAAGGGAAUAACUCAAGCUGCCGAACUUUUAAGGGCCAAUACACCAAACACCACUAUACAAACCAGUACUACCAGGUAGUCACAAUUCCUUCUGGUGCCCGGAGCAUUCGCAUUUAUGAAAUGAACACGUCCACAUCCUAUAUUUCCAUCCGCAACUCUCAGAAAAAAUAUUAUCUAAACGGCUAUUGGACAGUUGACUGGUCUGGUCGAUACAAAUUUUCGGGUGCUGUCUUCGACUACAGACGGUCCUAUAAUCAAUCGGAAACUUUAACAUCCGCUGGACCUACCAACGAAUCUCUGAUAGUAGAGCUUCUGUUCCAGGGCCGUAACCCGGGAAUUGCCUGGGAAUACUCCAUUCCUAAGUGGGAAAACGAAAGAAAACCUGGAUCCAGGCACAACUAUACAUGGGCGGUCAUCCGUUCUGAGUGCUCGGCUUCGUGCGGUGGAGGUCAGAUGACCACAAGAGAAGGCUGUUACAGAGACAUGAGAGUACAAGUAAAUACAUCAUUUUGCAAUCCCAGGACUCGACCAGUCACGGGACUCAUCCCUUGCAAAAUGCCCGCUUGUCCUCCCAGCUGGUCGGUGGGCAACUGGAGCAUCUGCAGCCGGACCUGUGGCCUGGGAGAGCAGUUCAGACUCAUCCACUGCAUGCAGAGAAUUCACUCCAAGCCGGAGCCUGUCUCCACCUCCCUCUGCUCACUUCCCAUCCCAGCCAGCCGUCAGACCUGCAAUCCCCACAGCUGCCCACCUGCUUGGAGUGUGGGGUCCUGGUCAGAAUGUUCGCGAACAUGUGGCAAAGGGUGGAAAAAAAGAAUGGUUGUCUGCAAGAGUACCAAUCCCUCAGCCCGGGCCCAGAUUCUGCCUGAUAGUGCUUGCACCACAGAACUGAAACCCAAAACUCAAGAAGCUUGUGUCCUCAGGCGCUGCCAUAAACACAAGAAGUUACAGUGGUUUGUGUCUGCGUGGUCAGAGUGUUCAGUAACUUGUGAAAAAGGAGUCCAAAAAAGAUUGUUAAAAUGUGCAGAAAAAUAUGUUUCUGGCAAAUACAGAGAGCUUGCUUCAAAGAAAUGUUCCCAUCUGCUGAAGCCAAAUCUGGAGUUGGAAAAAGAAUGCACCUUGUCUUCCUGUCCAAAGCACCGGGCCUUCCCUGCAGUGAGCCAGGCUCACGGGAGCUGGUAUUCCUCUCCCUGGUCUCAGUGCACGGCGACAUGCGGCGGUGGGGUUCAGGUGCGAUCCGUGCAAUGCUUAGCGAGCGGCAGGCCUGCGAUAGGCUGCUUUCUGCACCAGAAGCCGAUCUCCUCCCAAGCCUGCCACACCCACUUCUGCCCCAUCCCGGAGAAAAAAGACGCCUUCUGCCGAGACUACUUCAACUGGUGCUAUCUGGUGCCUCAGCACGGCGUGUGCAACCACAAGUUUUAUGGCAAACAAUGCUGCAAAUCUUGUUCCAAAUCUAACUUGUAAAGGAGAACUGGUUCCCACGAUGGGGAGAAUAUAUAUUUUCAGUACAAAAUGAUCUGCACAUUCUGAACUGGGCUGUGCCCAAAGAAGAGAAAAAUCCCAAGAAUAACUUUCUUUGGUUGUCUGACUUCUGACUUGCUUUUUGUCUUGACCUGAACGCUCUCACCCCCGCCCCCUCCAGACCCACAUGCGCGCACACACACACACACGGUAUUGUGCUAUUUAAACAUGGAAGCCUUAUAAAACUCUUUUGCAGUAUUGUAGCAGAAGGCAAGCCUAGCAGCACCGCGAUCCUGCUCCAAAGGAGAAAAUGAAAAGAGCAGCAUCGCGGAAGAAUGGGGUUUGUGCAAAAAAGAACCCUAUCUCUCCCCCUGACUCCCAACCCCAAACCUUCCCGCCUUCCCCAUUCUAUCCAUGUUGAACUCAUACAGGCGCAGGGUUCUUAAGAAGCAAAAAUACGCCAAAAGAAGUACGCAAAACCCUCCGGCACGGGCAUAUCCUUUCACGUCUCAUCCCACUGAAACGGAGAGGCUGCUUCAGAGAGACACGGGUCUCGCUCAGGAACAAAUGUCCUUAACAAUCCAGCAUUGAGAAGCAAAUUCUUCCACAGUUGUUUGCCGACUGCCCUUUAUACCUGUCAGUGGCCGUGUCUUUUAUUUUAUCUUCUGAGGACCUUUAAAUUUCCACCUGCACACUGGAGUCCCUUCCGCCAGAGAAGGAUCGGACUUAGCAGCUCGGCGUCUCGUUCUUACGUUGUGGAUGUGGGAAGAGGAAAACAAACUCUUUUUGAAGGUGCUUUCUUCCCUUCCAGACUCACGAGCCAGACAAGAGUAUUCUUCUAGUUUAUUUUUUAUAAUCUAUCUGUUAUUCACAAAUGAAUGUUCUAUUUAAACCUGUUUCUUUAUGCUUUGCCAUGACUAUAAAAGGUGUUUUGUGUCAAUUUUAUUUUCUAAUAGCUGGUUAUCCCCAAAUCAUGCUGUUCUUAUUAAAAAUUAUGGUACUACUACAAUAGAUUUCAGCUAAAUAACCAACUUUAUAGAUCUAAAACCUGUGUUUCGUGAGUGAGUGUGUUGGGUUCUUUUUUAAAAUACCCAUUCAGAAUGAAAGCCGACGUUUUAUGAAUGACCAAGGCACGCGUCAUUAUACUUCAUCAUACUGCGAUUCAAUAUUGGGGCUGGCUCAAAUCGAAUUUUUAUUUUGUGCAGCUCCACUCUAAAUGAGCACCUGA